AUGCCCAAAUCAACACCAACCCUCUCGCUCGCGCCACUUCUCGCGCUGCUCGUCCUCACACUCUCCCUUCUCACCCCUACCACCCGCGCUGCAGCCCUGACCACCCUGAUCGAACCCCACGAGCGCACGUGCUACUACGCCUGGGUGGACGCAGCUCUCGAAAAAGUCGGCUUCUACUUCGCCGUUCAAUCCGGUGGUCACUUUGACAUCGACUACACCAUCCACGAUCCGGAUCAAAAACUCAUCCUCUCUGGCACCAAGGAACGUCAACUGGACAUCAUCUUCACCGGCAACACCGUAGGCGAGUAUACGUUUUGCUUUGACAACUCCAUGAGCAGCGUUGCGGAGAAGCUGGUGGAUUUCGAUAUCACCGUGGAGAGCGAACCGAGACUGGAUUUGCCGAUCAAAGCGGGGAAACUGCUGAAGGAACACAGUGCACCGUUGGAAGAAGGGAUCGGCGGGUUGGGCGAGAAGCUCGAACAGAUUGGAAGGACACAGAGGUACUUCAGGGUGAGGGAGAAUCGCAACUUUGAUACGGUGAGGAGCACGCAGAGUAAGAUCUUCUGGUACAGUGUGGUGGAGAGCGCUACGAUGGUUGGGAUCAGUGUUGCUCAGGUGUGGAUUGUGAGGGCGCUGUUCGAGAGGGGGAGCACUAAGAGGUAUCGCGUGUGA